GAUUCCAAAUGAUCUCAAUCCUAAAAGGCUAUGAAGGAAUAAUAGCCGGCUCUUGCUAGGCUUCUAUAGAUCCUUCAGUAUACACCUUGAAGACCAAGAUAAAAGAAAAAUGACUCAAAUGAUCUCAAAUUUCGCCAAGUGUGGUAGUCCGAUCGGUCGAUCCUGUCUGUCGACGAAGUUUUCCGUAAGCCCUAGUCCCCUAUGCGCCGUGAUGCACCGAAUUCAAACUCAACGAAUGCGCCCCGGUCACCCAUGUUCUUCCUCUUAUCCCAGCCCCUGGGUGAAAUCGAGUGAGUUCGUAGAGUUUCGCGAAAUGCAAACGGAGAGUAGAAAGGCCUGUGCCAAAGCUAGAUCUCCAAAACAACGCUAGCAAAAUUGUCUGUGUUUACUUGCGUUCAGAUGCAAGAAGACUU